AUGACUAGAAGGUACUCAGCGACAGAGAAAGCCAAAUGGGCCUCUGAACCUGCUGCUCCUCGUCGUAGGACUCCGGUUCAGAUCCCCGACCCCUCGGUUCCCCGUCGCAGGGCUCCGAUACAGAUCCCAGACACUGACAACUCUGCCCUCAUUGAACAGAACAAGUUCACUCUUAUCGGUAGAGUCUCUAACCCUACUGCUCAAAACACCAGAGCUCUGUUUGAAUUUUUUCUGCAGCAUUGGCAAGUCUCGGGUUCCAUCACAGGAAGGGCUUUAGGUCCCCACCUCUUUCAGUUCAGAUUCGAGUCUGAAAAGGACCUACUUAGCAUUCUGAACAGAGCGCCAUACCAUUUUAAGCAGUGGAUGAUCUUGCCCAACGUUGGGAACCAACAGUCUCAGAGACUUUCCCCUCCUUGA